CGGUAGUACAGGCAUCCCACCGGCUGGAGAUAAGCUUAGACUAUGGAGAUCAUUGAUCCAAAGUAUGUAGCUGAGGCGCCGAGGCGCCUUUCAACAGGAUUGUUGAUCAGUAAUAUGAUGUCGCUAGGUGCCUAGUUUCGCAGCAAGACGCUGAGCAUGGAAGACGCGCGGAGUGGGCGAAGGACGGCUGUCAAUAUAAAUACGUGUAUCUAGCUUCUCAAUCUGCAAGGAAGCACUCAGAUACAACAACAAACGCAUCCAAUUGCACAACUAGCUCUCGUUGCAUCCAUCACUCAGAAAUCACACCCAUCUCCCCCACUCAGCUGCAAAUGGCGCCUCUCGUUUUCGUCGUGGGUGGAACAGGAGCCCAAGGAAUUCCUGUUGUACGCGGCCUUGUCAAAGAUGGAGCCUAUGCAGUGCGUUUUUUAACUCGCGACGCCACCUCGUCCAGAUCAAAGCAACUUCUCGCCUUGGGAAAUGUUGAAGCCAUCGAGGGCACAUUUGCAAACGAGAACGAUCUUCGCAAAGGAUUUCGCGGAGCGCAAUACGCCUUUAUCAACAUUGAUGGCUUCAACAGUGGCGAGAAGACUGAGACGUACUGGGCUAUAAGGUCGUAUGAGCUGGCGCUGGAAGAAGGCAUCAAGUUCUUCGUCUAUGGAAACCUGGACUAUGUCUACAAGAAGAGCGGGUUUGACCCGAAAUUCAGGACGGGGCACUACGAUGGAAAGGGACGCAUCGGCGAGUGGAUCUUGCAACAGAAUAAGAAUCCCGAGAUUGCCAAGAGAAUGGGCGCUGCCAUCUUCACAACUGGCCCAUACAUUCAAAUGGCGCUUGGCGCACGCACGCCCAUGUCUCCUGUUGUAGAAGAUGAAGUCGUUACUUGGAAAGUCCCACUGGGAUCUGGCGCCGUUGCGCACGUCGAUUUAGAUGAUUGCGAAUACUACGUUCGAUGGCUGUUCGACCACCAGUACCGCUCCAACGGCUUGGACCUGGAAGUCGCCAUUGAACUUGUGGACUAUAACGAGAUGGCCAAGGCCUUUGAAAAGGUGACUGGGCAUCCUGCCAAGUAUGUGGAUGUUUCCUUGGAAGAGUAUUGGGCAACAGGCCCUCUCAGUGCGGCAAAGAGCGCCACGGCCGGGUAUAAUUCUGACCCCAACGAUACUGCUACGAUGAAUAUCCGUGAUAAUUUUACGGGAUUCUGGAAUAUGUGGAAAUACACAUACAAGGGAAACCGUGGAGUGAUCAAAAGAGACUUUGCUCUGCUAGAUGAGAUCCAUCCCAACCGAAUCAAGUCAGCGGAGGAAUGGUUUAGACGGGAGGAGAAAAAGAGCAAGGAGCAGGGGUUACCUAGCCUGUGGGAACGAGCCACGAGUCUGAAGCCUGUCCUCAAACUCGCCGAGGAUGGGCGAAAGGGCCGCCUGUAGACAGAUUGAGAUAUCAUUUUUCAGCGUUUUGAAAACCUUCUUGACAAAUAGUAAUAGUGCUAAAAAUUUCUGAACUUUAAC